AUGUCAGGUGAUGAGUCCUCUGACCUCCUUGUCUCUCUCUCUCCCUCACUCGCACCACAUUACCCAUCUCGCAGCGACAAGAACAAGGCAGUGGAUCCAUGCACCACCUUCCCCACCAUCGACAUUGCUUUCCUCUCGCCUGACAACACCACCAGCGCCACCUCCCACUUCUAUCUCAAGCUGCACGAGUACCUUGCUCAGCCCCACUUCACCCUUAAGUCCGCAAGGGAACAUGAGCCGGGGUUGCUAGGCAAGUACCUCUUUAUCGACCAGACCAACGGGAUUGGAGGAUGGAUGGAUGCCCCUAACUGCGGAGCUGAGCCCCUGCUGCCGCCGCCCUCCCCACCACCACCCUCACCUGUUACCAAAAGGGCCACCCAAUCCCUCUCCCCGCUGCCGGCAGCACUCUCAGCUGCCCUUGCCCUUGCCACCUCCGCCGUCCUGCUUGCUCUCAGACGCCUGUAG